AUGGCCGCUCCCAAAGUAGACUACAGCGUCUACCUCGUCACAGAUUCUACGCCCGCCAUCCUUGGCGAUGCUGACCUCGCGUCCGUCGUCGAGCAGUCUCUCCAGGGUGGCGUCACGAUUGUCCAGUACAGAGACAAGCACUCACCACGCGACCACGUUGUCGCCACCGCGCGCAAACUACACCAGAUCACACAAAAGUAUAAUGUGCCCUUUCUCAUCAACGACCACGUCGAUGUGGCGGCCGAGAUUGGCUGCGAGGGCGUGCACAUUGGCCAGGACGACAUGGCAUUCGAGGAAGCAAAGAGGCUGCUAGGCGAGGGCAAAAUCAUCGGCAUCACGGCAUCCUCCAAGGAAGAAGCCCUCAAGGCCGCCUCCCAGGGCGCGACGUACCUGGGCAUCGGCACCGUCUACGCCACCAGCACCAAGAAGGACACAAAGUCCAUCAUCGGCCCCGUGGGCGUGUCCUCCAUCCUCGCCGCCCUCGCGGCCGAGGGCCACGGCGCCCUGCCCACCGUAUGCAUCGGCGGCGUCAACGCCAGCAACGCCCGGGACGUCAUGCGCCAGACCGUCUCCCCACGCAAGACCCUCGACGGCGUCGCGGUCGUCAGCGCCAUCGUCGCCGCCCGAGACCCUGCCGCCGCCGCGCGCGAGAUCCAGGGCGCAGUCAUCGGCGCCAAGAUCCCCGAGGUCAUCCUGUCCAUUGCCCGCAAGGGCCCUCUGUCGCACAACAUGACCAACCUCGUCGUCCAGAACUUUGCCGCCAACGUCGCCUUGGCCAUUGGCGCCUCGCCCAUCAUGGCCAACUACGCCGAGGAGGCGGCCGACCUGGCCAAAUUGGGCGGUGCGCUUGUCGUCAACAUGGGCACGGUGACGCCCGAUGGGCUGAAGAACUACGUGCAGGCGCUGCAGGCGUACAACGCCGCCAAGCGGCCUGUCGUCUUUGACCCAGUGGGUGCCGGCGCAACCGCCGUCCGACGCUCGGCCGUCAAGACCCUCCUCGCAAGCGGCCACUUUACCCUCAUCAAGGGCAACGAGGGCGAGCUGCAGACCCUGCACGGCGUCUCUGUCACGCAGCACGGCGUGGACUCUACCUCCACCCUCAGCCUGGCCCAAAAGGCCCGUCUCGCGCGCGACCUCGCACGCACCCACGCCGCCGUCGUCCUCCUCACGGGCAAGACCGACAUUGUCAGCGACGGCACCCGGACGCUCCGCGUCGACAAUGGACAUGAGCUCCUGGGCAUGAUCACUGGUACGGGUUGCACACUCGGCACCACCGUGUCGGCCGCGCUGGCUGCACAUGGCCAUGUCGACCCCCUGGUGGCUGCGGUGGCCGGCACAGCCAUGUUUGGCGUCGCGGCAGAGAUGGCCGCGGCGAGGAGCGAGGUCCGUGGGCCCGGCACGUUUGUCCCUGCCUUCCUGGACGAGCUGUAUCUGAUCCGCAAGGCGUCUGCGGACGGGGACAUGCGGUGGCUGACCAUGGUCAAGGUGCAGGCCGUCGAGGUGCAAGAAGCGUAG